GUCAGAUUUGUCAAACCAAGUAACAAAAUACACUAAUUUGGGAUUCUUUUUAAAUUCAUCAAUAAUAAUUAUUGUAUAAAACAAACGCAAUGAAAAUAAUUUUGCUGGUGGCACGUUAAUUCAGUUAAAUCUGAACAAAAUCAUAAAACAAAUUAACUUAGUGAUUGCACCUCAUUCGUACUAGUGUUUCUUUUCUUAACUUCUAUAAACAAAAUGUUCUGUGGAAAGUGGUGACCGGUGGCCUGUAUGGAAAAUUUCGGUAAAAUGGCAGAACAACAAUUAUACGAAGAAACUAUGUUGGAUAUCGCUCCAAUGCUGGAAGAAUUUCCGAUGGAUAUAUAUGAAGGUUCCCCGACUGGAAGUGAAACAUUCGAAGUUUUAGAGCAAGACUUACUAACAUCGACUGUUCAGUCGCUGGAGGAUGCUUCAUUAACACAAGAAAACGUUUUAAGCCCACAGUAUGGGGAGUUUAUCGAUCCGGACAUGUUUCUGAACGGAGUCGUCAAGAGAGAAAGUGAGUCAGACUGCUCCACAUCGUCCCAACGAAACACCCCGUCUCCUUCGGACAGCAACAAAAGCUUUGAAUCAUAUCCAUCCAGUGGAUAUGAAUCCUGCAGAAAUGUUCAUCUGAACAACAUUCUCCUUGACAGUCCACCCAUUUCUCCAGAAAACCCUGUCAGAUCCUCUCAGAUUGUCACUAUGCAUGGAAGCAAUGUAAUUCGAGUUGGAACCGCUCAGUUGCCAAUCGUGCGAAAACCAGCCUGUCCUAGCAACCUGGCCGAUUUGAAGAAAAUCAAACUCCCUCCAAAAGGAGUCCUAAACAACAGUAUGUCUUCUGGGGCUAUUUCGAAAAGCGUCACAAAAAAGACGAUCAUUUUAAAUGCUAAAGAUUACCAGGCCUUGGUGAAAAAUAUGAAAAAUCGAACAAAUAAUGGAACAAUUUUGAUUAAAGCCACUUCCGCUAUCGGCAAAAGCAAACCAGUGUUACCCAAACCACCACAACCCCAACUAACAGCAACGGUAACAACUGUUCAAGAAAGACGAGCAGAAACUAGCCAACAAUUUUUGCAAUCAACUACAAUGUCUCCGAUGGUACCAUCAGUUGACAGGUUGGUUAAUGAACGCACAAUGAAACGUCAUCAGCGAAUGAUAAAGAACCGUGAAUCCGCUUUCCUAUCAAGGGUACGUAAGAAGGAGUAUGUAACCACGCUAGAACAGCAAAUUGAUGCGUUAACAAAGGAGAAUCAGUUUCUAAAAAGCGAAAAUUCUAAACUCUUGUCCAAGUUGAAGCUCAAAUGUUCCUGCGGCACAACGCUGGGAACUGUUAACUACUUCACGAAGCAGAUCACACCCAAUGUUCGAAAAAACACGGCGAUAGUUUUAGCGAUGUUGUUUAUGGUUUCACUUAACUUCGGUCCAUUAGGGAACCUUUUUACCGGCAUUAGUGAGACCCGAGAAAUCGUUGAAAGUAGCGCUCAGUCCGUUCACCACAAACGAAAUUUAUUGUGGCUUGAUGAUUCUAGUCGUUUCAAUCCGCCUCGGAAUAUCGACAUUAGUUUAAAUAUGAGCAACCUUGAGGAAUUGUCUAAAACAGCGGGAGAACCGUUUUCUACAUGCCCAUUCUACGUGAACCAAACGGAAAACAUACGACUGGCAAGGGAUUUGCGCCGAUGGAUUGGCGAAAAUGGCUACAAGAAUCUCACCGACCGCGACGGUGACGACAUGCGGAUCAAUUCAUUUUCGGAAAUGUUUGCCUUGAAAGACACCAUCGAUUCCAUGUAUCAGCAAAUGAAGGACAUUAGUUCGCAGAUGGAAACGUUCCAAAAAAGAAGUAAGUUGGGUACUGCGAAGAAGCGUCAUCCUACGAAAGGGGCAAAAGUAAAGGAAUCAGAAUCAUUGCAACAGAGAAAGGCAAUCAAGGAAAGCGAAAUCGCUUUGUACUACCCGGGACUGAGUAAAACAUACGCCAAGUUUUUUGAGGAGAUUGGCCGCCGUGAUGACACAUUUUAUCUGGUAUCGUUCAGUGGAGAACAUUUAUUGUUGCCAGCACUGGCCUACAACAAAACGAACCGACCCAAGAUGUCACUAAUGUUACCGGCACUGAUGGAAAAUGCGACCAAUCAAUCGGAGAAGGUAACUUUGAUGCAAAUUGACUGUGAAGUGAUGAAUACGUCGAUGAUCCAAAUUAGGGAAAAGACUAUUCCGGGAGACUUGCUGCGAACACAGGGAAAAGCGGAUGAUCCGUUCAACAAGGAAAGUAGCAAACGUGCAGCGGAAUUUACAGACAAUAAUGUACGCAAUAUUAGCAGUAGUGGCACAGGGAAGGAAUCUAGAAGGUAUCAUAAGCAUCAGGCUAAUCGGCCCUUUUUCGUGCAGCGUAUGAGUGAAAGUAUGAGAAAUGAGUUGGAUCUAAAUUAAGCUUCUAGAAGCCAACUUUAAUUACAAGAUUCAUUUUUUUUAAAUUUAGACAAGGACAAUCGAGUUCUUUAGCAAAGUUUACAAAAUUUUCACUUGCAAAGUGUAAUUUCAUGUAAACUUAGACACUAACUGCUUAUACAGUUCAACUAGACGUACAUAUUGCGUGGCAACUUCGGACGCCAAAUACAUAGACCGCAAAUGGCUGUUAUUUUAGAAAUAAGUAUUGAAUAGAUAUUAAGACACACGGCAGAAUAAUUACACAUUCACGGUUUUUUUUAUUGUACAAAUAUCUUCAAGGCAAUGAAUUG